GACGUCAUCCGUCUGCGCCGCAGCGUGGUGGCGGGCACGCGCAGCCGAGAAGAUGUCUCCGACGCCGCCGCUCUUCAGUUUACCCGAAGCGCGGUCGCGGUUUACGAAGUCUACCAGAGAGGCCCUAAACAACAAAAAUAUCAAGCCAUUGUUGAAUACCUUCAGCCAGUUACCUGGCAGUGAAAAUGAAAAAAAAUGUACCCUUGACCAAGCUUUCAGAGGUGUUCUAGAAGAAGAAAUUAUAAAUCAUUCAUCAUGUGAAAACGUUUUAGCUAUUAUUUCUCUUGCUAUUGGGGGAGUAACUGAAGGUAUUUGUACCGCUUCUACGCCUUUUGUAUUGUUGGGAGAUGUUUUGGAUUGUCUUCCUUUGGAUCAGUGUGACACAAUAUUCACUUUUGUGGAAAAAAAUGUUGCUACUUGGAAAUCAAAUACAUUCUAUUCUGCUGGGAAAAAUUAUUUACUCCGUAUGUGCAAUGAUCUCUUAAGAAGAUUGUCAAAAUCCCAGAAUACAGUCUUCUGUGGACGAAUUCAACUCUUCUUGGCCAGGCUUUUUCCUUUAUCUGAAAAAUCAGGUCUUAACUUGCAGAGUCAGUUUAAUCUGGAAAAUGUCACUGUUUUCAAUACCAAUGAGCAGGAAAGUACAUUGGGUCAGAAGCACACUGAAGAUAGAGAAGAAGGAAUGGAUGUAGAAGAAGGUGAAAUGGGAGAUGAUGAAGCUCCAACAACUUGCUCCAUUCCAAUUGAUUACAACCUGUAUCGAAAAUUCUGGUCACUUCAGGAUUACUUCAGGAACCCCGUGCAGUGCUAUGAGAAGAUUUCGUGGAAAACUUUUCUCAAGUAUUCAGAAGAAGUUCUAGCUGUUUUCAAGAGUUAUAAAUUAGAUGAUACGCAGGCCUCAAGAAAAAAGAUGGAAGAAUUAAAAACAGGAGGAGAACAUGUAUAUUUUGCAAAAUUUUUAACAAGUGAAAAGUUGAUGGAUUUACAACUGAGUGACAGUAACUUUCGGCGACACAUCCUAUUGCAGUAUCUCAUUUUAUUCCAGUAUCUCAAGGGACAGGUCAAAUUCAAAAGUUCAAACUAUGUUUUAACUGAUGAGCAAUCACUCUGGAUUGAAGAUACUACAAAAUCAGUUUAUCAACUACUAUCUGAAAACCCACCCGAUGGAGAAAGAUUUUCAAAGAUGGUAGAGCAUAUAUUAAACACUGAAGAAAACUGGAACUCAUGGAAAAAUGAAGGCUGCCCAAGUUUUGUGAAAGAAAGGACAUCCGAUAGCAAGCCAACGAGAGUAGUACGGAAGAGGACAGCACCAGAGGACUUCCUAGGGAAAGGACCCAGCAAAAAGAUUCUGAUGGGAAAUGAGGAGUUAACAAGACUUUGGAACCUCUGCCCUGAUAAUAUGGAAGCCUGUAAAUCAGACACAAGGGAAUAUAUGCCAACUUUGGAGGAAUUCUUUGAAGAAGCCAUUGAACAGGCAGACCCUGAAAGCAUGGUUGAAAAUGAAUAUAAGGCUGUGAACAAUUCAAACUAUGGUUGGAGAGCCCUGAGACUACUAGCACGAAGAAGCCCUCACUUCUUCCAGCCAACCAACCAGCAGUUCAAAAGUUUGCCAGAAUAUCUUGAAAACAUGGUAAUAAAGCUAGCCAAGGAAUUACCACCUCCUUCUGAAGAAAUAAAAACAGGUGAGGAUGAAGAUGAGGAAGAUAAUGAUGCUUUACUGAAAGAAAAUGAAAGCCCUGAUGUUCGGAGAGACAAACCUGUAACAGGGGAACAAAUAGAGACAUUUGCCAACAAAUUGGGUGAACAAUGGAAGAUUCUGGCUCCCUACUUGGAAAUGAAAGACUCGGAAAUUAGACAGAUUGAGUGUGACAGUGAAGACAUGAAGAUGAGAGCCAGGCAGUUACUAGUUGCCUGGCAAGAUCAAGAGGGAGUACAUGCAACACCCGAGAACCUGAUAAAUGCACUGCACAAGUCUGGAUUAAGUGACCUUGUAGAGAGUCUAACUAAUGACAACGAGACAAAUAGUUAGCUUAUUUUUUUUAUUAAAACUGAUAAGAUUUUGUUACCAAGCAGCAUUUGAUAAGAGGUCCACUGGUUUUGGUAAACAAUAAACAUUUUUAUAACA